AGUUCUUGGUCAAAGAGACUGAGGGAGAAAGAGCUGAGAGGCAUUCUUAACACCUGAUCGAAAUUCAACCAUAUGGCAAAAGAUGGCGCUAUGGAGUCGCGAUAAGGGCGAGCAUUCAAUAUUCAUUAUCAAUAUCAACAACGCCGCCGAAGAUAAGAAAUUAAAUGUCAGCUUCGGCUUCAGGCCAGAACUCCGUUCAUAAGUGAAAGAGACUCCGUGCCGAGCGGAACCCAACGGUCGUCAAAAAGAAACAACAAGAAAAAAAAACAGGAAAAUUUGAAGAAAAAAACCGGCUGUGAAAAUAAAACCCCAAUUGUUGGGCAAAUAUUUGUUUGACAAUAAAUUAGAGUCUACGGCGCGUGUGCUUCGGCUAAAACGCAAAACGGCAAAACCCAAUUAAAUAAGCAAUUUCAUAGACAUGUCCGAAUUUCUGCGGGAACAUGGUGAAUAUGUGUGGGUCAAGCCACAGAAUACAUCAUGUGAAUUUGCAGUUCCCUUUGGAGCACGCAUCGUGCGGACGGAGAAAACUCAAACCCUGGUCUGCGAUGAUGCCAACAAACAGUUUUGGGUGCCAGCUGGCGAUGUGCUCAAGGCUAUGCAUCUUACAUCUCACGAGGAUGUCGAAGACAUGAUAACAUUGGGGGAUCUGCAGGAAUAUACGAUUCUACGGAAUCUACAAACACGCUAUGCCAAGCAGUUGAUAUAUACAUAUACAGGCUCCAUGCUGGUGGCCAUUAAUCCCUACCAGAUACUGCCCAUCUACACACAUCGAGAGAUUCAACUGUAUCGCAACAAGAAACUCACAGAACUGCCCCCGCAUAUCUUUGCGAUCAGCGAUAAUGCCUUUCAGCGUCUGCAGCGGCACAAGGAGAAUCAAUGUGUUGUAAUCAGCGGCGAAUCGGGAGCUGGGAAGACAGAGAGCACCAAGUUGAUCCUGCAAUAUUUGGCUGCGAUCAGUGGAAAGCAUUCGUGGAUUGAGCAACAAAUCAUCGAAUCGAAUCCCAUAAUGGAAGCCUUUGGAAAUGCCAAAACUGUGAGGAAUGAUAACUCCUCAAGGUUUGGCAAAUAUAUUGAUAUACGCUUCACGCCAGAGGGUGCCAUACAGGGUGCUCGUGUACAGCAAUAUUUGCUGGAGAAAUCACGCAUUGUCUUCCAGAGUCGCGAUGAGCGAAAUUAUCAUAUUUUUUACUGCAUGUUGGCGGGUCUAAGUGCGGCGGAGCGAGCUCGCCUUCAACUGGAGGAUCAGUCUCCCAGUCAAUAUCAUUAUCUGGCACAAGGAGGAUGUUUUACACUGCCAGGAAAACAAGAUGCCAAGGACUUUGCCGACAUACGAGCUGCCAUGAAGGUGCUCUCCUUCAAACCAGAUGAAGUCUGGUGCAUACUCAGUCUUCUGGCUGCAAUUUUACAUCUGGGAAACUUACGCUUUAAGGCUACUGAGGUGGCAAAUCUAGAGACUGCCGAGGUGGACGAUAUUGUGAACUUGCAACGCGUGGCAGAGCUAUUGGGACUGGCAACAUCGCCACUAAAUGCGGCACUCACACAACGCACCAUCUUUGUGCAUGGCGAGCAUGUGGUGACCAGUUUGUCCAAGGAAUCUGCUUUAGAAGGACGCGAUGCCUUUGUGAAAUCCCUUUAUGAUGGCAUCUUUGUGCGCAUCGUGCGUCGCAUCAAUGACACCAUCGAUAAGAAGUCUGACGCACCAGUCAACAGCAUUGGAGUCCUGGACAUCUUUGGCUUCGAGAACUUUGACAAUAAUAGCUUCGAGCAGCUAUGCAUUAACUAUGCCAAUGAGAAUCUUCAGCAGUUUUUCGUCGCACACAUAUUCAAGAUGGAGCAGGCAGAGUAUCAGCUAGAGCACAUCAACUGGCAGCACAUUGAGUUCCAGGAUAAUCAGGACAUACUCGAUCUCAUUGGCAUGAAGCCGGUGAACAUUAUGUCUCUGAUCGAUGAGGAAUCCAAAUUUCCCAAGGGCACAGAUCACACGCUGCUGGAGAAGUUGCACGUACAACACGGCAAUCGUUCCAUUUAUGUCAAGGGAAAGACGACACAAACUUCGCUCUUUGGCAUACGACAUUAUGCUGGCGUUGUCAUGUAUAAUCCUUUGGGAUUCCUUGAAAAGAAUCGUGAUUCCUUUAGCAGCGAUCUACGGAAUUUGGUUCAACGCGCCAACAACAAGUAUUUGGUGGACAUCUUUCCACAUGAAAUGCCCAUGGAUACCGCCAAAAAGCAGCCGACUUUAAGCGUCAAGUUCCGCAAUUCUCUGGACAUGUUAAUACGCACCUUAUCACAGGCUCAUCCCUACUUCAUACGCUGCAUUAAGCCCAAUGAGUACAAGGAACCAAAUAACUUUGACAAGGAGCUGUGUGUCCGUCAAUUGCGCUACUCGGGCAUGAUGGAGACGGCGAGGAUUCGUCGAGCUGGCUAUCCCAUACGGCACGCCUAUCGCGCCUUUGUGGAGCGUUAUCGCCUGUUGGUGCCACGCACUGGACCCUUGGAUCAAUGUGAUUGUCGUUUGUUGGCGCGACAAAUCUGCGAGACGGCUUUGCCCGCGGACUCGGAUCGUCAGUUUGGACGCACGAAGCUGUUUUUGCGUGAUGAGGAUGAUGCACUGUUGGAAGCCGAGCGUUCACGUGUAAUGCUCAAAUACAUCGUGACCAUACAGAGGGGAAUUCGACGUGUUCUUUUCCGUCGUUAUUUGCUGAAAUAUCGUCAGGCGAUUAUUACCGUACAGCGUUAUUGGCGUGGACGUUAUCAUCGUCGUAGAUAUCAGACUAUGAAACGAGGCUUCCAUAGACUGGGCGCCUGCAUUGCAGCACAGCAGCUGACCACCAAGUUUACCAUGGUGCGCAGUCGUACAAUUAAAUUGCAGGCACUGUGUCGUGGUUAUUUGGCAAGAAAACGUUUUGCUUUGCAGUUGACAGCAAAGCGACAGAAGCACAAGGAGCUGAAACGUGUCCAGGAGCAGGAGCUGUUGCGUCUAAAGGCAGAGCAGGCAGAGAAGGAGCAGCUGCGUCUAAAAGCAGAACAGCAGCAGCAACUGCGUCUGAAGGCAGAGCAGGAGCAGCAAGCGCAGCAGCGACAGGCGGAGGAGCUGCGUCUUAAGGAACAGAUUGCGGCAAGAAAUGCCAUCGCCAUGAGCGCAGUGCAACAGCCCAAACGCACAAAAUCCAUUAAGAGAUCAGAGCAGCCAGUGCUGCCUGCACCCACGUUGCAAGCACGCAUGUCCUUGCCACCGCCGCCGCCAAUGUCCCCGAUUGCAAUUACACCAAUGGCAGGACGACCGAGCAGCAGUGCAGCUCGAACAAAUGGCAAUGCUGUGGAGACACCUGGCUAUGAGUCAUCCAAACAGAUUGUGGACGAUGUCUUUGGUUUCCUCAACGAUGAACCGGAUGUGAGUGGGCCACUGGGGCCGAAUGUAAAGGAGAAAUCCUUGCUGUUUGAGCGGGAGCUGCGCUUGCGCAAAGAUAUCCCAACGAAGCUGCUGUCCCGACCCGUCAAUUACUAUGAGGCAGCGCCUCGCAAGAUUGUCAAUCAGACGCGUCUCUAGCAGUUGCGUGUGCUGGGACAGCCCUGAACAAAUAGUCGAUAAGUAGCCUAGUACAGUCGAGCUUCUCUUUAACGUACAGAAGUUCAACUGUAGCUGAUAUUAUUUCCUUUCAAUCGCAACGCUUUUCAAAGAGAAAACUUCAAAAUGGGGAAAGGGACAUUAGUUGUGUCACCUGUACAAAAUGUUAUAUAAAUGUCGGCUUGUAUAUACAUAUAUAUAUAUAUAUAUAUAUCUUUAAAAAAAAAAACAAGUAGUUAUAGCUUUGUUCUUUGUGAUUGUGUAUAUUUUUUCUUACAGUUACCUACACAUAUUUGAUAAAUGUAUAUUUUCUAUGUAAUUUAAUUUAUUUUUUAAUAAUUUGUAAAUAAAACUAGCUUCGGUGAUAUCUAUGGAAUUUAGACACUAUACUUAUAUGCAAAUCCAUUUGUUUCAUUUUUCAUUACACGUCUGCGUUUCGUUCUGGUUUGUGGUAUUUAUUAAUGGAUCAAUCUGUCACAAAUGUUCUUUGUUCUUUUGUGUUUCAUCGUGCUUAUCAUAAGUAUAGUUACAAUUUAUAGAGUCACCAUAAGCAGGCGCUUUUUCUAUCAAUGUCAAA